UCAAAAAUGGCGGACGGAAGGAACUAAAGUGUGACAAACUUUGAUGCGAAAAAUAUUUGCAAACAUUACUUUUUUCCUUGCUCGGAUUGUCUUUGAAUUUACCAAAUUUUAAUCAUGGAGUUAAGUAGUUCGGUGAUCGAAGGAUUGACGCUUUGUGGAGAGUCGGUGAGGAUCGGUGAUCGGGGUUUUCGUGUACUUGUCGGACUUGUCUUUGAUAUUCUGCUCAAACUAAAGGACGAAAGUACGCUUUCAGGUGAAGACUUGUCUUCUGUAGAUGCCGCAGUUUUGAAGCAGAUGUAUACUAGUUUAGUGACCCUUGUAUUGGAAGCUGUGAAAAUAGACUGCAAUAAUACUACUAUAAGUUCUACUCUUGAAGACUGCAAAUUUGGAACAGAUAGGAUUGAUUAUUUCUUWAAAAUCUACCAGGAGAAGAAGGUAGAAAUAGAGGCUAUGCUUAGCAGUACUGGCAGCUCUUACCCUCAUGUUGUUGAUGUUGAUUGGAGAUUAGAUUACUAUAUCAAGAACAAUCAUAUGGAAAAAGUAAAUAAGCCUAUUUACCUGAUUACUCUCAAAACUGAGGAACCUGGUUGUGCCAGUGGAAAAGAUGUCCAGUUUUCGUGUUCAAUGGAACAAUUGCAGGACSUCGUGGGAAAACUCAAAGAAGCUUGCAAAACACUGGAAAGAACAGCCAACUCAUAACUUUAGACAUCUCUUACAAUAUAAAUGGAAAAUAUAUACCUAGAUACUGUAGAUAUCGUAGAAAGUCAAAGUGAGAGGGUUUUAUAUCGGGCUAGCACAGUUCAUAGUUACUAGAGGGGGGACUAAGUAUGCACAGUUGAAAGGAUAAAAAUGAAAAAUUGAUACCUUUACUGUAGAAAUAUUAUUCUUAUAGCCGAAUCUCAGAGCGGACAGGGAGUGAGGAUUUCAUAAAAUCAGUACAAUUACAAAGUUGCUAUUGUUAAUAAAAUGAUUAUUGUUCGAAAUAAUGAGAAACCAUAAAAUCCCGGUUAUUAUACUCAUUUGUAAGAGUUUUUAAAAUGGUCCGCCGAACCGGGAGGGUUUAUAUUCGGGGCCAGAGGGAGAGAGCGAGGGGGGGACUCAUAACCAGGACCCGGUUGAAUAAAUCUUAUCUAGUGGAAAAAAUUUAUUGGAUAACAGCAUCAACUUAUCACUGGAUAAGGAUUUGACUUUCUGAUACGACGCUAUCAAUUCUUUGUACAACCACCGUCCCCAGGAGAAAAAAAGUUWGGAAUGUUCCCAGUCUAUCUCUUACUGCGCUUUUCGGCUGAGCUUGGGACAGCUGGAGUUACGUUUUAUAAAUAGUCUCAAUGUAGAAACGAAGUAAUGAGAAAAUCUCGGUCAUAAGCCUGGGUUUAUUCAAAGCUAGGCGACUACACUCUCCACGCUAAGGGUCUCUAAGCGUGAAGAGUAGAGUUCCGAAGCCGAGCGAGAGACUGGAAGAGUCUAAUUCCAAGCUCAACCGAAAUAAACACCAGAUUCGGGAGAGGUGGGCUUAGGUCUGGAAUGAUAAUUGCGUAGUCGACUACUGGGCUUAUAAACGGGACGACUUAUAAAAAACAUUUUAGUAAGUAUGCCAGUAAAGUCUUUAUUUUGAGAGGAAACUAUUGUAAAACCUCACAAUAAACGUACGGUACUAUAA